AUGUAUACCCGGGUGUUUGCGGCGCUCUCCUUGGCCAGCGCAGUGCUGGGCCAGCAGGUGGGAACCAACACGGCCGAGAAGCACCCCUCGCUGCCUAUACAGGUGUGCACCGCCACCGGGUCCUGCACCAAGGAGAACACUGCCGUGGUCCUGGAUGCAAACUGGCGGUGGACGCACGUCACGACGGGCUACACCAACUGCUACAGCGGCAGCGACUGGAACACGACGGCGUGCCCGGACGGCAAGACGUGCGCGGCCAACUGCGCCAUCGACGGGGCCGACUACGCCAAGACGUACGGCGUGACGACUCCCUCGGACGGCGCGCUCAAGCUGCAGUUCGUGACCAAGAACGACAACGGCGCCAACGUCGGCUCGCGUCUGUAUCUGAUGGCCAGCGACACAAAGUACCGCCUCUUCAACCUGCUCAACAAGGAGUUCACCUUUGACGUCGACGUGUCCAAGCUCCCCUGCGGCCUCAACGGCGCCGUCUACUUCUCCGAGAUGGACGAGGACGGCGGCCUGGCCCGCUUCUCCGGCAACAAGGCCGGCGCAAAGUACGGCACCGGCUACUGCGACAGCCAGUGCCCCUCCGACAUCAAGUUCAUCGACGGCGAGGCCAACUCGGAGGGAUGGAAGUCUGGCACGGGCAAGUACGGCGCGUGCUGUGCUGAGAUGGAUAUCUGGGAGGCGAACCUCGACUCGACGGCCUACACGCCGCACCCGUGCAAGGUGAAUACGCAGACGCGGUGCGAGGGGACCGACUGCGGCAACGGGGACGAUCGGUACGCGGGUAUGUGCGACAAGGACGGCUGCGACUUCAACAGCUUCCGCAUGGGCAACCAAAAGUUCUACGGCACCGGCGCCGACAUGUCGGUUGACACGUCCAAGCCCUUCACCAUCGUCACGCAGUUUGUCACCGACGACGGCACCGACACGGGCACCCUCCAGAGCAUCCACCGCUUCUACGUCCAGGGCGGCAAGGUCAUUCCCAACUCGGUUUCCGAGAUUGGAGGCGUAGACGCCGUCAACCACAUCAGCGACGACUUCUGCAAGCAGCAAAAGACUGUGUUUGGCGACAAAAACUACUUUGGCACACUGGGCGGCAUGGCGGCCAUGGGCAAGUCGCUCGAGAAGAUGGUGCUGGUCCUCAGCGUGUGGGACGACUAUGCCGUGUCUAUGAACUGGCUCGACAGCCACUUCCCGGCCGACGCGGACCCGACCAAGCCUGGCGUCACCCGGGGGCGCUGCGACCCCGAGGCCGGCGUGCCGAAGACGGUCGAGGCUGCCCACCCCGACGCCUCGGUCAUCUACUCCAACAUCAAGCUGGGGGCUAUCAACUCGACGUUUACGGCGGGCAACUAG